GCUGCAAGGAAUAGGUGAGACAGAAAACUCGAGAGCGCAGGAGAGUCCAUGGAAGGCGGGAAAAUCCAGACAAAAGCACAACCAGCACUUAGGAGAAACCGAGGCUACCUGUAAGCAGGAAAGGCGGCAAGGAAGGCCCGGGGGGUGGGGGGCACUCUCGCGUACAAGAACAAGAGUGUAAAGUUCGAGAACCGGCCGCUUUUUUAAACGUUAGACUGAGGACGCAAACUUUUGUUACUCCAGAAAGCGGCCACUGAGACCCUUACUUAAGCGGAAUCCUCGUUGGCUAAAGUGAGCUUUACUCCUGAGUAAACGUGCGUAAGCUCACGUUGUGAAGGAAGAGGCUAGUCAGCCCCACUCUAGCCAAGACAGGCGGGAGGAGGAAGCGGCGGCUCUCCUGUGAGGCUGCAGGUGCGUCGAAUUCCCUGCAGGCGCGAGGCGGGGCAGUUCCCGCGGGGCGCGCAAAGCUUCGACUGAGCGGCGGAGUAAUGCGCGCGCCCUGGGGCGGAGCCGGGAGCGUCUGCCUAGAGGGCUGGGACUUGGCUUUGGGGCGCUCGUCUGCGGCAGGACCGUCCCGGGAAAAGCACCAGAUGGAAGAUGAAGGGAAGCGGCCAAGGAUGGCUCCUUGCUGAGGUGCUACUGGUCUCUUGCUCUUUUCUACUGCUGCAGACAGACUAACAUGGCUACCCAUCUCAAUCUAUCUCUACUAGGAUUACGGUUAGAAACUGCAUAUAGCAAUCCUCUCUGACUUGUCCAGAGUGUAAUACUAAAUCUUUGUAAAACAGCUAAGGCCUGAUUUCAACCUUUUGGUUCCUUGGCUGUAUGCAUUCUGACUUGCAUUAGCAACGGUAAUGGCAACAGAAUGCAUCAAGAGCUGCUGCAGAGGGUGUUUGUACAUUGAGAAAGAAAAGCAUGACCCCUCUCUGGAGAAGGAAUCUGAAGUUGCAGCCAAAUACAGAUCAGAUGUUGUAGAGAAGCCUCCUUUGUCAUCUGUGUCAGUGAAACGGCAAGUCGGCUGUUCAGAGGAUUAUCUUCUUUCCAAACUCCCCUCAGGAGGCAAGGAAGUGCCUUUUGUGGUUCCACAGUUCAAACUUGCCUACAUUCAGCCCAGGAACCUUGGUAGUUCUCACCUUACAGGAAUUCAAGGUUCUGCUGUAACAUCUUUUGGUGACCGGAAAGCAGAACUUUCCAGUGCGUACCAGCAAGGACCUCUCAUUGAUGUGGUAUAUAACCCAUUCUACAUGCAGAAGCAUCCACCUCCUUCCCCAGAUCUGAUUAGGUGCCACCCGGAACUUUCAGACAAUAGAAAACUAUAUGGGUCAGUUUGUGACUUAAGGAGUAGCACGUUGCCUAGCUCAUCCACUUUAAGCCACUCUAUGUUUGAUCUUACAAGCCCACCCCACCGAUUCAUCCAGAGAUAUGAUUCAGUGUCCAGUGUUCCGAGCAGCACUUCAUCGAGGAAAGAUUCGCAAGGUAGUAACAGGAGUCUAGAUACCAUUACAUUAUCAAGUGAUGAACGAGAAUUUGGCAGGCUGAACGUGAAGCUGUGCUAUGUUCCUUCUGUGGAACAGAUCUGGAUCACGGUCUUGCAAUGUAAAGAUCUGAGCUGGUCAUCUAGCUGUGGAGAAAACCCCCAUAUUUCAGUCAAGGGGAUCCUUACAUUGUCUAAACCAGUGCAAUUCAAGUGUAUGGCCAAAGAAGCUGCCAGCGACAUUGAAUUCAUGGAAACUUUUGUCUUUGCUAUCAAACUGCAACUCCUACAGACUGCAAGACUAGUGUUCAAAGUACAAGCUCUGACCCCCAGAAAGAAAACCAUAGGAGAGUGUGCCCUGCCACUGCGAGAACUCAGCUCACAAGAAACUGACUAUUGGUUGAUAAUAGCACCUCCAUCGAAAGCUUCAGUGUGUUCUGCAGAACUGAAAAUAGGCACCUGUUUUCAACCUGUAAAUAGCCGGAUCCAGUUGCAAAUUCUUGAAGCCCAGAAUCUCCCAAGCUCAUCCACACCGUUAUCUUCAAAUUUUUUUGUGAAGGCUGCAAUGUUUAGCACUGAAGGGCUAGUUGACAAAAAGAAGACCCGCCUACUGAAGUCUACCAAUAGUCAAGUAAAAUGGGGUGAAACGAUGAUUUUUCCAGUGAGCCAGAACGAACACGGGAUUAACGUUCUCAUCAAACUAUACAGCAGGAGCUCAGUGAGAAGAAAACACUUCCUGGGACAGGUCUGCCUAAGCAGUGACAGCACCAGCAGUGAAGCUGUGGAUCAGUGGAGAGACACAAUUGCUAACCCGGAAAAGAUUGUCAUUAAAUGGCAUAAUGUCUGUCCAGUAUGAUGCUUGUUGGGCAGUAUUUCUCUUCGUAAUGAUACGGACUGGGCCCAUGGAGACUGCUGCACCUUCUUGAGAAAUGAACGAGAACUAAACAGGAGAACAAGGACAACGGACAACUGCAUAAACUUUGUAGAAUGCCAUUUCUGACAAAAUAAGGGAAGAAAGUAACACUGGCAAGAAAUAUAAAUAAGACAAAGGGUGGGGGGAAUUCCAGCCUUGCCUGCUUCAAUGAAAAGCAGACUAAAUACUGUGGUUUUAUUUUUGGAAAGGAUUUACAUAUAGAACUUUGUAUAUUUAUGCUCAUUGUAGAAAAACUAAAUUAAUGUUCUCUGAAAACUGCACAAAAAUGAUGCAAAAGGGCUUUCAAUGAAGAUUUUCUUUUUUGUCAGUUGAAAGCCCUAUCAUAACUACUGCCUUGUUCCUAAAAUUGUUUCAUAGAUGCCUUAAAAGAUUUCAGUUCAUGAUGAACGAGACAGGUCAGGCAGGCUGAAGAGGGGGAGUUGGUAUCUGUUUAGACCAUCUCAGUUCAAAUAAAGUUUUUUUAAAAAAUAAUUUUG